GGGGGCGGAGCCAGCGGACUGCUGCACUGUCCAUGGUUGUGUAGUGGGAGCCAGAAAGGGUCCGGAUACGUGCGAGGAGAUGCGGCCAUAGUCACGCUGUACUGUCUAAAAUCAUAACCUGCUGGGAUCGUUAGCUUCGCAGCGCAUUAGAGCCUACUGAAAGCCUGUGGACGUGAGGCAUCAUGAGUGAGCAGCAGAGGCAGCGCUCUCUGUCCACCGCGGGUGAGUCUCUCUACCAUGUGUUGGGAGUUGAGAAGAUGGCCACGACGGACGAUAUAAAGAGAUCUUACAGGAAACUGGCGUUAAAGUUCCACCCUGACAAGAAUCCCGACAAUCCAGAGGCCGCAGAUAAGUUCAAGGAGAUAAACAACGCCCACGCCAUCCUGAAUGACCCCACGAAGCGUAACAUUUACGAUAAAUAUGGCUCUCUAGGCCUAUAUGUGGCAGAGCAGUUUGGAGAGGAGAAUGUUAACACUUACUUUGUCCUUUCUAGCUGGUGGGCAAAGGCUCUGUUUGUAUUGUGUGGCCUGGCCACUGGCUGUUACUUCUGUUGCUGCCUGUGUUGCUGCUGUAACUGCUGCUGUGGAAGAUGUAAACCACGGCCUCGAGAGGGCCAGGAGCAGGACUUUUAUGUGUCCCCUGAGGACCUGGAGGCUCAGCUGCAAUCUGAUGAGAGAGAGGCUGGUGGUGAACCUAUAGUGCUGCAGCCGUCAGCGACAGAGACAACCCAGUUAACAUCAGAUGGGCACCACUCCUACCGCACCGACCCCGGCUUCAACUAACCCUCCGUUCCCAUCGAUCCUGGCCUGCGGUCCUGCCUGCUUCCCUGCUCCACCUCAGUGAGAUGAACGAAAGGGGCAAAACAUCUUUCCACUUCAGAAAGAGAGCCAUGCGGAGGUGAAGGGGACUAGUAAGCAUGGCCCAUGAAAGGAACUAAUGAAUUCGCAUCCCUUACACCUCCCUCCCUGAUCGGUCCGCUACGUAUUUCCCCGCCAGUACGAGAAGAAAUCCCUUUUAUUUCUUCUUUUGUAUCUCUCAGCCUUUACUCACACAGGUCGCCUGCCCUACCUUACCUUUCCCAUAGUUUGCAUUAUGGUGUAGCAUGCACUGUUUGGAAAAAAAAAGGUCUCCACGUUUUCUUUAAUCCUUUGCAACAUUUUUACUUUGCAAAGCCCAUCAUGCAGGUGCAGUUUUUUCAAAUGAGUACAGUACAUGAGGAGGGGAUAAAGUUUACCAGAUGUUUUAUGCUAAAGGAACAGAGAGCCAUGGCUCAGGGAGGUGCUGGUUGGAGAAGUGCUCGCUGGCUUAGGUGGUCGGUACCAUCAUCAAACCUCCAAGAACUAAGUUGUCAUACAUAUUUACACUUUUCUCGUGUGAUUCGCAAUCGAUAUUCUUUCAGUUGAAAAUGCCACCUGAUGUUGUCAGACCUGCAGCGUGGUCUUUAGUGUGCGCCCCACCAGAGUGUUUUUAAUGUCAAUCAUGAGGUUAUUAAGGCACAGAGCUUUAUUUGCAGACAGUUUGCUAUAGAUUUCUGCUGACGUUAGAGUUUCUGCUUUAGUUAGUAAUUCGCUUUGGCAUUUUCCUUCCUUCUGAAAGCCCCUCAUCGCAGGACAGACUACUUCCCCCUGUUUUUCCUGCAGCACUGAGCAGGUUGUUAUAAUUGUUACUUUACAUUAAUGCAUAUUGUCUUUUAAUGUAUUUUAAAUCAAAUAUGGCACAUUUCAACCCCAUGGUACAGUUCACUGUUGUUUCAUCAUAUCACCAGCUACAAAUUGACGAUGACACUGGAUACAUAAAGUAAAAAAAAAAAAAAA